AUGGCGAGGCCACGACUACAACUCCCAGGGUGCCGUGCACUUCCUCAUGGUAACGGCGGCGCCCAACGGCCAUGCAGGAGGAUAGGAAGUCCUAGCAAGUAUGUGACAAAAAUGAUUCCCCAAAGCACAGAAGUAUUAGAAGCAGCAGCUGAAGCAGAGGUAAUGAUUGUAGACAAUGCAGUGGAGAAUGCAGAAGUAAAAAUCAUCACACUGACUAUUCUGAGGGCUUUGCCAGUGACUUGCUCUGAUACAGCUAGAAGCAGCCGUUGUGUAGAACUAUCCGGAACUGAAGAGAAGACAAUGCUGAAAAAUGAAAAAAAGACAAAGAAGAAAAAAGAACAGCAGUUAUUUUCCCAAAACAAUAAAGGGGGAAAGAAAUUGCCAGCUAAGAAGAUACCACAUCAGAAUUCUUCAUUUUUAAGCCUGCAGGAUAAUAUGAUUUUCCAGAAAAAAAAUAAAGUGGCUCAGCGAAUAUUAUCAGCAAGACUUCAUAAAAUUAAAGAGCUGAAGAAUGAAAUAUUUGAUUUGCAACACAAGUUAGAAGCAUCAACCUUAGAAAACCAGGUUUUGAAACGGCUUCAGUAUCGGCACUCAAAAGCGAUAGGUGGAUAUGAAAAUUCAGAAAGUGUCUUGCCUGAUCUUUUAACAAGGCAUUAUAGUGAGGUGAGUACUUUGAGGAAACACCUGAGGAUAUCUCAGGAAGAAGAAAGACGUGCAUCCAGAAAGCUUAGGAAAGUUGAAGCAGCGAUGCUAAAAGCUAAAGAUGAUUUGCAAGCCUUGUAUAAGCUUUCAGAAGACAAGACUCUUGCUGAGAGAGAGGAACUUUAUCACAGAUUAUCAGUCCUUACAGAAAAAAUGGAUGUGAAUAAUAAGAGAAUACAGAGCCUAGAAAAGCAGCUGAAGUUGAACAAUAGCACCUUUAGUCGCCAGCUGGCAAAUGAGAAUAAAAAAGCUGUUGAAGCUGGGAUAAUUACAAAGAACUUGCAAAUGGAAAUUAACUCUCUUCACCAAAAAAUAAAGGAAAAGGAUCGUCAACUUUACAUAAAGAAUAUCUAUGCAAAUCGCUUGCUUAGAAUCCCAAAGGACAAAGGUGAUUCAGUACCUCAUGACAAAAGUCUCAGUAGAAAAGCAUCAGUGCAAGUAGACAAACAGCAUUUCAGAUCACUGCUGCUGUCUCAGUACCAAACCCAGGAAACAGAAGAAAGCCCAGUUCUGUUAUAUGAGGAGAAAAAGCCCUCAGAAGAGAAGAAUCAAAAACCUAAAGCAAGUGAAGUAUACAUUGAUGCCCAAUGUGAAACAGAAAAGCAAUCAACCAAGAAAAUGCCAAAGCCAGAAACUUUUAGUAGAACACGUAGAGAAUAUUUAAAGGAAGACAAACCUUUGCUGACAGAACACAGUUGUCUGGAAUUUAUAAAACAAGAAGAAAGAAAGAGAGACUUGCUUAAACAGGAGCCAAAGAAAGCUGAAGAAACUCCUCUAAAUGACAGUGUGAAAGAGAACAAUCAAGAGGAAGAUGCAGUGGAAGAGAAAGAAAAAAAGUCAGAAGAACAACUAAGUAAAAGUGGGAAGGCAGGGAGUAAUUUUUUAACUCUGAGAAACAAAACCCCCUCUAAGCUGAAAAAACAAUAUGUAUUCUCAGAAACCACUGAAAAUUUGCAUCAUGGGCUUCCUACAUCAGGUACAAAAUCCACAAAAUGCAGUCUUUGCAACCACAGACGUGCAGGUCAGGACCACUGCAAAGCAGCGGAAUCAAAAGUAAGAAAAUUGUUUGGGCUGUAUGAACCAUCUUUUAGUAAAGUUAUCAACACGAGGCAGAAAGACAGUUCAACUGAAGCAGAAGGCUGCGCUCAUAUGAUAUUCAGUGAAAGGAAAAAGAGUCUUAUGAAAGAACUCUUUGGACAAGGUGGUGUUUGCAAAGACAACCAUUCGUGUUCUGACAUGAGAGGAAUGGAGAGAAAGCUGUGAAGGGAUGCAUGAUUACACAAGCGCAAUUUUAACAACCCUACACUAAUUUAUAAAAUAAAGUGUCUAUCAUCAAUGAAGUCAUUACGAAUAACCUUACAAGAAUACACAAAAUUUAAGUAUACCAACUUAUCUUUCCAUUUUAAUUACACAGUUUAAAACAUUUUUAAAACAAUGUUUCUAGCUUCAUAAAAUGUAUAUUAAAUCUUACAAGUCUUGAGAAUUUCUGUCAAUGACUUUCAAAAUGACAGGCAAAUCAGUUGUCACCGCAGAACAUUCUUUUAUUUUUGGUGCGUGUGUAUGCAUCUUAGAAAGUAGGGUGCCUCAAAAAUUUUGUCAUUUUACCUGUUACAGGGAAGUGUCCAAGUUAGUCCUUUUUGGCUAAUUUCCAGUUUUUUUGCACGCUUGCUGCAGUUUGAAUCUUAAGUUGUUUGUUAACUAGCUGCAGUGAGCAGUCUGCUUUCAUAAGGUUCAUUACUGAAUUAUUACUUAAAAUGCACUAAAAGAAAAUAAUUUUCUUUUCACUCCUGACAUAGCUUGCAGAAUUCACACAAUAAUUUGCUAUUACAUUGUUUUCAUUAGCAUUAUAAAGCUCUAAAGCUUCAUUCUUUUCCGCUGUUAGAGCUUACUAAAGCAGUUUGCCUGGUAACUUCCACAGCUGACAUCCAGAGAUAAAUGUGCAAGACUAAAGCAUUGUUUUGGAGAAGUCAGGCAUAUCUAGUUCUCAAAAAGCCUUUAAAAAUCUUGCGUUUAAGGUUAUGUAAGUGAGGGCAGGAAGAUUAUGUCUUGUUCCUCAUAGAAAUUCAUGAAAGGUUGCCAAAAUGUAAGCUAGGAAAAAGGUAUGUGUAUUCUUUUACUAAAUUUUAAAAAGCAGUAGCAAAAAAAACCCCCAACACCUGUACUAUGAAAACUUUUAAAGGUGAUCUUUUGAUUCAAACCUACUUCUAAGUAUACUUACCUUCAAAUUUUUGAAGUUCUUACAUAGUACUUGAGCUGUGCAGUGGACAGAUUUUCAAGAAUGAUUUAAUGCAGUCAAAAGAGUACUUUUCCUCUAUGUACUAUUAAUACUUCUGCAAUGCCUUUCCUGCUGUCUCCAAAGUUCAGAGCAAACAAGCAGACAUAAUCCAGCACUACUGGUUGUAGUGAAUCACCAAAAGCCUCUCUGCCCCUACUCACUUAGAUGUCUGACUAGAGCUGCCAACAAACCGUGUAUUUCAUUAUCUCAUGCUAACUGUGGAUAAAUAGCAAACGCUGCUGUCAAUAUUUUAAAUGAUACUGCUUUGCUUGACUUCACUAUGUUAAACUCUGUAACAAGUGGAAAUAUAAUUACUUACAUCUUUAUAGUCAGAAAUACAUCAACUUCAUAGUUAAAAAACCAACUCUCCUGAAUACUUAAAGUCUGUAGACUCCAACAGUAUCAAGAACACAGGUGGGUUUUAUUUUGUUUAGGAAAACUGUAAUCAACAUUAAAAAAUGUGGAUUAGAAAACCUGAAGUGGGCUGAAAAACUUUAUUUCAUUAAUAAAAACACAAUUACACAUAA